ACUGACACGGAGUGCCAUUUCCACCCGCAGGCACAGGCGUUCCUUUGCGGGGAAGGGGCGGUGGGUGCCCGAGCUGUGACAGGGCUGGCCGGGCAGCGGGGACCGGGCUCACCCGGCGUGAGGGCGCCGGGGAUGCUCCCCGCCUCGGGCUCCUCACCGAGCGAGGGGCCCCGCGCCGCCCCUGCCGGAGCCCCUCAGGGCCGCGGCCGCUCCCGCGGUGGCGGCGCGGGGAAAGCCCUCAGCCGGCGGCGGAAAAAGGGAAAGGAGGGAGCGGCGCGCCCGCCGCACUCACCUCCUCGCGUGGCUCUGCCGCGGCUCCGCGGGGCGGGGAGAACCGGGGCCAGCGCCUGUUUCAGGCGUCAUCGGGCAGCGCCACAGCCCCACGGGGCCGCGAUGGCGCUCGGCAGGGCCGGGCCGGCGCUCGCCCUCCCGCUGCUGCUGCCGCGGCGGCCGGCGGGAGGCGCGCAGCGCCGGCGGCGCGAGCAGGGGCAGGCGGCGCCGCCGCGCUCCGGGAAGCUGCUGCUGAGGAGCCGGCGGCCGGAGCUGAGCCAGCCCCGCUGGCAGACGGUGGGGCGCUGGGAGCAGCCGCCGCUGGUGUCGGCGGGCUGGAAGCACCGGAAGGCGUACGGGGAUUACUUCCAGCUGGAGCCCUCGCAGCAGGCCGCUCCCGCUUUGCAGGCGCUGCCGGCUGAGGCGGGACAGGGCCCGACCUUCGCCGAGCUGGGGCUGCAGCCGGCGCUGCUGGCCGGCCUGGAGCGGCUCUCCAUCAGCCGGCCCACGGCCGUGCAGCGUCUCGCCAUCCCCGCGCUGCGCCGCGGCCGCAGCGCGCUGUGCGCCGCCGAGACGGGCAGCGGGAAGACUCUGGCGUACCUGCUGCCGCUGCUGGAGCGCCUGCUCGGCCGCCCGGAGGCGGCGGCGGCGGAGGCCGCCGUGCUGCUGGGCACCCCCGGCGCGCUGCGGGAGGCGCUGCGGCGCCGCUUCCUGGCCCUGGAGAGGCUGCGCUGGAUGGUGCUGGACGAGGCGGACUCGCUGAUGGACGAGUCCUUCACGGAGCUGCUGGAGGAGAUCCUGGCAUACGCGCCGCUGGCCGCCGGCGCUCCCGGACCAGCCGGUCCCGACGAGGAGAGGAUGCAGGUGGUGGUGGUCGGAGCCACCUUCCCCGCGGGGCUCAGCGAGACGCUGGCGAAGUUCACUGACGUGGACCGGUUUGUCACCCUCAGCACCCAGAGCCUGCACCGCCUGCCGCCUCACGUCCAGCAGAAGUUUGUCCGCCUCAAAGGCCGGGACAAGCUGCCCGAACUGCUGCAGCUGCUCAAGGAGCGCCCGGCAUCUGGCGGGGCUGUUCUCAUCUUCUGCAACAGUGCCAGCACCGUCAACUGGCUGGGCUAUAUCCUGGACGACCACAAAAUCAAGCAUCUGAGGCUGCAGGGGCAGAUGUCAGCAGCUGCUAGAGCUGGCAUCUUUGCCUCUUUCCAGAAGGGUGACGUGUCUGUCCUCGUCUGCACUGACCUUGCCUCGCGCGGGCUGGACACCAGCAGUGUGCAGCUGGUGGUCAACUAUGACUUCCCAGACACCCUGCAGGACUACCUGCACCGGGCCGGGAGAGUUGGCCGGGUUGGGAGCAAGGCACCUGGAGCUGUGGUUAGUUUUGUCACCCAUCGGUGGGACGUGGACCUGGUACGGAAAAUAGAGACUGCAGCCCGGAAAAGGACGGGUCUCCCAGGAAUGGACUCUAUUAAUAAACCUUCACCUAAAGGAGGUUGAUUCAGGUUGGCAGGCAUUCCUUGGUAGGAGCUUACCUUGAGGCCAUUAAGGCAGAGUGAAUGAGCUGCUGUAUGUAAGGCAGAUGGAAAGAAUAGGGUUGAGUUUCAGAACCAGGUGAUCAGGUUAACUUUGUGCACUGUUCUGGAAGCUGCAGUAUUCAUUUGCACAGCCAUCACAACAUGUGGCUUUCCCAAAGGAAACUAGUAAGUGAGUAACAGAAUGCUUUUGGAGAAUGUUGAAGAGUUCAUCAGUUGAUUUGGUUUACUUAUUUUGAGACAUAAUUUAAAUUCAAAUCCAAAUUAAAGUAUGUUUGUAUGAUAUAGAAUACUAGUGCAUUUCAUUACUGCCCACCACCAUCAGCUGACAUUCGUUAUUAAAAUGGAAAAAUUGCUACUGUGGCAGGAGAAAAAACCUGUCCAGUUACAGACACAAAGGACUAAAGGACAAAGGAUACGUGAUGAUGUAGCAGUUCAUUUAGAGAAUUCUAGACUGGAUGCCUGUAAAGUACAGUGGGAAUGAGAAGGCACAAUAAUGCUUGAGACUCUUUCAAGGCCUUGUUAUUUUAUGGUUACCUUUCACUGAGAAAUGGGAUCUGCUCCUUCAUAUUAUAUUAAAUAAAAAGCCCUAAAGUGUUUCCUGUACAUUUUUUUUCUGCA